UUUUUAAAACCACCGCUUAACCACACACGCUAAUAGUCAUUCUGUGUGUUAACGUGCAGAACCAAGCCAUGAAUGAAUCUAUUUCAGAGCUUCAGAAAAAGGAUAAGGCACUCCGAGAACGUAACAACUUGCUCGCCAAGGAGAAGAAGGAAAGAGAGAAAAGGCUGUCCCAAAAAGAGGAAGGGGUGCUGCAAAAUAACGUGGAUGUGACCUCUGUCUCUGUCCUAGUAACUCCACCACCGGAGUCCCUCAAUAUUGGAGGCUGCUCCCCAGAAGCCAAAGGUAGUGAAGGAAGAUCAACAUCAACUCGACCUAACACCAUUCUUCCCCCUUGGAUGCUUCGUCCAACAAAAGAGUAGAACUCUGUUUUUACAUGGUAUAUGUUUGGAUAAACUUUAUAAGUAUUUUUAGUAAAAAAAAAUAAAAAUAAAAAAGUUAAAAUAUUUUUUUAUAAGUUAAAAUUAGUUUAUGUAUAAAUUAAAAAUAACAGAAGAAAAUUUUAUACACAAAUUAAUUUUAAUUUAUAAAAAAAUAUUUUAUUUUUCUUUCUUAAAAUUACCUCAAGUUUAUUCAAAUAUGUACCAUGUCUAAAUAGGAUCUGUACAAAGAUUAUACGCAAUCAAAAGGUAGUUGUUGGUGACUAUCAGCAUGUUUCAAAUCCAUUUUGAAUAUAACAUGACAUGAAUUCUUAGAAACAAUUAUGUUUAGCUCCUGCAUUGAUUUUAGAAAUUUAUGUGAAAAAUUAAGAAAUGCUGUGUCUAAGACUUGUUUCCAAACGCACAAUAACAUCUGGAAUGUAGUCUGCAUGUGCGUCUCUGACUGCAUUUCAAUGCUAUGCUAAGCAUAUUAAAGGUAUUACAUAUAAAUGAUACCAAUCUAUUCUUCCAUUUC